AUGUCGGGCCCUGUACCUACGGUCACUGCAUUGCAGGACAUAUACACUCAGCAGGCUCUAAAUGAUCAAACCGCGAGGUGGAACAAGUUGCUUGAUAAGUUCCAGGCCCUCUAUGGCACCCCCGCUCAAUUCGUCUCGCGAUCGCCUGGUCGCGUGAAUAUCAUCGGCGAGCAUAUUGACUACUCUCUUUACUCAGUAUUGCCCAUGGGAAUGACUCCCGAUGUCAUCCUCGCCGUAUCUACCGAUCUAGAGCCCUCACAAGAAGGCAGUUACAAGAUCAAGAUAGCUAAUGUCGACAAUGAGCAAUUCCCAACUCGCGAGUUCGAUGUAUCUUACUCCGAGGUCGAUAUCGACGCAACGAUACACGAAUGGACUAAUUACUUCAAGUCUGGCUUGAGGGGGGCGUUGCAAUUGCUGAGGAAGAAAUAUGGAGACGAUUUUAAGCCCAAGAGUAUGCAAGUGUUAAUGGACGGGACAGUGCCUGCUGGUGGUGGUCUGAGUUCCAGCGCUGCUUUUGUAAGCGCCAGCGCAUUGGCUGUUAUGAUUGCCAAUGGCGAACGCGAUGUCGACAAGAAAGCUCUGACCGAGGUUGCUAUUGUCAGUGAGCGGGCUGUGGGUGUAAAUUCUGGAGGAAUGGACCAGUCCGCUUCAGUAUUCUCCGAACGAGGAUCGGCUCUCUUGGUUUCCUUCACUCCGUCUCUUUCGGCGCGGCCAGUCUACUUUCCCAAAACGAACCCUGAACUGUGUUUUAUGGUCGCACAGUCAUUCGUUACUUCGAAUAAGCAGGAAACCGGCCCAAUUCACUACAACCUCAGGGUCGUUGAGUGCAGCAUGGCAGCAGCAUAUCUAAAUGCCAAGUUAUGUCCUAAGGGAACUGAACUUCCUAAAGAUGCUGGCCCACUAGGUGUAUCCAUACGCGGAUUCCACCAAAAUUACUUCAAGGAUACUACGAAGUCGAUGCCGGAACAACUUACCGAGUUGAUUGAACUCACCAAGUCCACACUUACUCAGGAGCAAGGAUACACCGUGGAAGAAGUUGCUUCGGGUAUUGGUAUCUCGGUUGAUGAUGUAAAAGCUCGCUUUAUGUCCAGCUUCCCCGUACGGGGCGAAUACUUCAAGCUCCGCCAGCGCGCUUUGCACGUAUUUACCGAGGCUCUGCGUGUUCUCCAGUUCCUAUCCCUUCUAGAAGAUCCAGCACAGGCCCCCGACUCUGAGCAUACAGUCGAAUACAAUGCUAAGCUCGGAAAAUUACUGAACGAAACCCAAGACUCGUGCCGAGAUGUUUAUGAGUGCAGUUGUCCCGAGAUAGACGAGUUGUGUAAGAUUGCGCGUGAGGCCGGGAGCUACGGUAGCCGGCUGACCGGUGCUGGCUGGGGUGGAUGUAGCGUUCAUUUGGUGCCUGCCAACAAGAUUGAUGAUAUCAAGAAGGCGUUGAUCGAUAAAUAUUACUCUAAGCGGAACUUGAGUGAAAAGGAUCUAGAGGGAGCAAUUGUUGUCAGUCGGCCGAUGAAUGGCAGUGCAGUCUUCAAACUGAAGGAAGGGAAGAUUUAA